AUGGCGGUCUCUCAACUUGGCGCGGUAUUUCCUUCUUCUGUUCCCCCUCCCGUCGCCACCCCUUUGGGCGCAUCGGCGCCAAUUUCCUUCAAUUCAUACGCGAAAAUUCAUUCAGUAACGACCCACGACCUUCAAACCAACUUUGAAGUCUUUCCCCCAUUUCUUCUCUGCCAAACGACGCCCAAUCUCUCGAUGUCGACCACAACACAAAUUCUCUUCAAUUCUCCAGCUUUACACUCGCUGAAACGCGAGCAGCUCAUCAAACUUUGCAAGAUUCACUCGAUAAAGGCCAACGGAAAGAAUGUCGACCUCAUUCAACGGCUUAGGCACCAUGCGCAGACUUUGCCCAAAGACUCGCCUUUGAGCGUCGCAGCGAGGAGCGAAUCCAAAGAACCGAUACCUAUGCAGCCCGAAGAGGCUGACGAAGACUUACAAGAUGACGCACAGGACGACAGCUCCAUCAGAACUGCGAUACCGCGCCCCAGCGAGCAGUGGGAGAUGGUUAUGGACAGUAUCGAAGAGGUCGAGGAAAACUCAUCUCAAGGAUCGCUGUCGUCCCAACGAACCCUUAACAACACGAUUCCGGGCGAAUUUGGCACCGGAAGCUCACGAUCCACAACUGUCACCUCUUCGAUCAAAGCCCUGGCCACAUCACUGGGCUGGAAGCGCAACAUGCCCGAAUCUACGCCUGCAUCCACGUCUUCGUCCAAAGCCAGUGCCACGGUGCAAGAACACGAUGAACUUGCGCAGAACUCGACGCCAUAUUCGGCUCUGCCACUUCCUACGUCUCUCCCACAAACCGACCAUUUUGUACUUGACGACUCAGGUCGCAACUCCCUGGGCUCCACCCACGAAGCCCCCCUACCCGGCCACUCACUACGCCCUGGCAUCCCAGCACCACCAAACGCGCGACUCAGCCUCGGUUUGGGCCCCCAUGUCCCAGCCACGCCCACCCGCCAAACUCAACCCACCACCACCAUCCGACUCGUCUCCAACCACGCACCUGAAUCGAGCUAUGGCGAGACAAGAACGCCUCAACUCAAACCCUUCAAGACCAGCUUCGACAUCACGUUCGGAAGUCCAAUACCUGGCGGUAACCUAUUUAGUUUCGGAAGUCUAAACUCCUGGCCACCCAACGAUGAUGUCGAGAUGGGUGGCAUUUACCCCAAGCUCACCGUCAGUGAUCUACCACCAUUGGUCGUCAGCUCUCCGUCGAAGGAGUGCGACGUUGCCAUGCGAGGCACGCCCUCACGCACCCCCAACCGUCUCUCGACGGCCAAAUCCAACCCACCUUCGCCAUUCGUUUUCGGCUCCCCGAGUCCUCAACAUCGCGUCUCUAACCAUCAGUUCCGAGCUGCAGCUGCGUCCGUCCUUGAAGAAAUGAACGCACGCCUACGAGCAGAGGGCAUAGACGAGAUUGGCACCGACAUCGUCGACAGACUCCAUCCCCACCGCAAGGUAACUGAACAGGAGCGUGAUAUCAAGCCACUGCCUUCCAACAAACGCGGCGAGAUCAGCAGCAAGUUCAACAAGGCACACGAGGAAGAGUUCUCGAAGAUGGAGGGCAUCGACAAUGUCUUGAAGCGAAAGCAGGCCUCGCCCCAGAAACCUACCGAACCCGUCGUUAGACGCAAGCGCAAGUCGAGCGUGAUCGAACAGGGCAAGCCUCCACGAAGGCCGAGUGCCAUGCCCCCUGGACGUCCGAACGUCAGCGCAACACGGGUCAUUAGCAAUGGCAGACGCGCACGAGCGCUCCCCGGUGCAUUCGGCAUGGAUGACGACGACGAAGACGACGAAGAACCCGUCAACAAUCACGACAGCAACGACAACGAUAGAAGGGGUAGCAAACGCGUCAGGAUGGACCCUGAAUUUGCUGAGGAGCAAGCGCUGAAAGAUAAGGAGGAGGAGAAGAAGAAGGGUGCUGAGGAGAGAGAGCGGGAGGCGAUCAAACGGAAGCUCGAGGCUAACCGAGCUCGGAGGAGAAGCAGUGCUGCCCACCUAGCUGUUGGCGGCCGGAAGAGCGUCGGAGGACCGAGAAAGAGUGUUGGAAAGGCUGGUCCUAGAGCAAGCCUCCUCAAACCGAAACCUAAACCUUCUCGGUUUGGGUUCUUCUCCUCUGCGAAGUCGCUUGUGCAGAGUGUAUGGAACCGUGGCAAGACCCCUGCUGCUGUUACGGCCACCCCAAGCCACAUUCCCAAGCCCAUCUCUAGCACACUGCCAAAUGCGAAAGCAGAAGAGACAACCACUCUUGCACCAGCCAAGGAAAAGGAGAAGAUGGGACCACCUUCCUUACUACCGAUGAAGAAAUCUACCAUCGCUCCAGCCAAAUCAACUACAGCCAAUGCCAGUGGCAGCAAGUUGCCUUCUCUGAAACCGCAAACAGCCAUGAAGCAAGGACUCUCUGCCCCAAUGACAACCCCAUCCUAUGCGCAAGGCUCUGUGGCCUCCUCAUCGUCGUCAGCGCGGUCGAGGUCACCUAUACCCUCGUUCGGGACAAUGUCGAGUAUUGCCUCUGGAGCAAGCUCGGGGAGGAACAGCUUGCAAAGUAAUGCUGCGCGGAGCGCACCUUCUUCAGCGAUUGGCACAGCGAGGUCGAGGGCCUCUUCUAUUGCUAGCUCUGCCGCUGGCGUCUCAUCUGUUGGCACACGAGCAUCUAGCUCAAGAGGCUCGGGUGCUGGUGGCGUAGGUAGCAUGGGCUUGAGGAAGCCAACAUCGCGGACUCCGAGUUUGACUACAGCUGGGUCUUCCUCUUCUCGCCUCUCAACGAGAUUAUCUACGUCAUCAAGAUUGCUUGCGCCAACCGCUAGCUCGUUGGCCAAGACGGCUGGGCGUGCAUCGUCGGGGCUGAAGACCGUUGCUGAAGGUAGUUUCAGCAAGAAGGUUGCUCAAGACAAGGAGAAAUAUGCGCUGAACAUGAUCACGAAUUCUUCUACAAUCAACACACCCGCUCCGGUCACGCCCGCCUCAAUAAUCGCGUCCUCUAUUACAACACCGUUUUCGCCGAGCUCUGGAAGGAUAUUCAGCAAGCCUCUCCUCUUGCCUAUCCAGUCUGGUAUCCCCACGCCCGCGAAGAGACGCAGCCCGGUUGGUACACAAUCAACGCCCACGGAAGAUGGUGCAGGCGGAGGGGCAACCAGGACACGGGUCAAGUCCCUGAAUGGCCGCAAGCCUCGCAUAUCUCGUUCUAAAGUCAUCGCUCGCCUCGCUUCCCAGCGGGCAGCGGGCGCCUCUACUGGCCGACCACGUCCAAGUAUCAAGGCGCCACUGACCCCGCGGGCGUCAGGGACGAAGACGCGCUCAAGCCUUGGUGCAAAAGUGUCGCGAGCGAGCUACGGCGGCGUCGGCGGAUUGAAGGCCCGGGCUAGUGGUGGCGCUGCUAUCCAGAUGAGCGCGAAGCGGAGAGCGAGACAGAGCGAGUACUACGCUAGAAGGAAGAUCAGUCGCGGUGCAAGUUUGUUGGGAUCCGCAGGUGGUGAUAGUGGAAUGGAUGUUGAUGCAUAG